UGAAUUAUUCGGCAGUGUUCUUAUUCUUAGCAAUGUUUAAUGGAAAUCGGUCCACUAUGUCAGGGUUAUUUUCAAAAUUUUAAUUUUGUGGUAUGAGAAAAGUAAGUGUUGAUAUGCCAUGAUUUAAAUCUUUAGUGCCACUUCUACUUUUUUUUGCCAAACUGUAAAUAAGUGGAUACCGGUUCAGGCAAACGACUGUGCAAAAUGGAUAGAGUUCAUUUCACUAUCAAUGGGAAACCAUUUAGCGCGGGCGCGGAGAUGUCAGUAGACACGACGCUGACGGAGUACAUCCGGCGCUACGCGGAGCUGCGCGGGACCAAGUACAUGUGUCUGGAGGGUAGCUGCGGCGCUUGCAUCGUGAAUGUGUGCGUGCGCACCGCCGGCGAGACAGUCAGCUUCUCUGUCAACACGUGUCUCGUCACUGUGCUGUCCUGCGAUGGCUGGGACAUCACCACCAUAGAGGGCAUCGGCAACAGGAAGAAGGGCUACAACAUAAUACAAAACCGCCUCAACAACUACUUUGGCUCGCAGUGUGGGUACUGCAGCCCUGGAUUCGUUAUGAGCAUGUACAGUCUAAUACAAGGCAGCGAGCACCAUUUGACGGAAGAACAAAUAGAGAAGUCGUUUGGCAGCAACCUCUGCCGCUGUACCGGCUACCGACCUAUUCUGGAAGCAUUCAAAUCCUUCGCGGUCGACCCUGACCCUAAAAUCCUCAACAAAAUAAAAGACAUCGAAGACAUUGACAAUUUAGUAUGUCCAAAAUCGGGAGUAAAAUGUGGUGGCACUUGCGGUGACAAAGACCAAGACUGGUGUUUAAUCAAUGCAAAUGUUUCGGGUGAAGAGGCGGUAACUAAGAGGAUAUCAUUGUCUGAUGGUAGAUUGUGGUUCAGAGUUAAUAAUAUUAAGGAAAUAUUUGAAUCUCUCGAUCAAGUUAACGGCUAUAGCAACUAUAUGUUGGUUUCUGGUAAUACCUCUAAAGGAGCAUACCCCAUCAAGUUCUACCCCAAAGUUCUAGUAGACAUAAGCAGUGUCGCCGAGUUGCGUUCCCACUAUAUAGAUGUAAACUUGGUACUCGGAGCUAACACGACGCUAACCGACACUAUACACUUAUUUGACGAACUGAGCCAAACCAAUGCCGAUUUUUGGUACUUAGAAGUGUUGAGAAAACAUUUAGAGGCAGUUGCUCACAUACCUGUUCGAAACAUCGGUACAUUGGCUGGGAAUUUGAUACUGAAACACGAGCACCCUGACUUUCCGUCAGAUAUUUUCCUUUUAUUUUCGUGUGUUGGAGCGGUUGUUACUCUAGUGGACCGUACCAUGUCUCAAACGGAGAUGAGCCUGCCUGAGUUUUUGACCGCAAACAUAGUGGGCAAGGUCAUGACGCAGAUUAAACUGCCGCCCUUAUCCAGAUAUCAUGAAGUGGUGACUUACAAGAUACCACCCAAAGAACAGAACGCUCACGCUGAAGUGAACGGCGCCUUCCUUUUCAAAUUCGACCCCAAGUCCCACAAGAUUCUCAAAGCAUCAAUACUAUACGGAGGAAUAAACCCAUCGUUUACUCACGCUUACAACACGGAACAGUUCCUCAUCGGGAGGAAUCUGUUCACGAAUGACACGUUGCAAGGCGCUCUGCAUUGUUUGGAAAAGGAGGUGGACCCAGACUUUAAUCCACCGGAACCUAGCCCGCAUUUUAGGAGGAAAGUUGCUUUGGGUUUAUUUUAUAAGGCCAUCAUCAAAUUAUGUCCACGCGAAAUCCUCAGUCCCAAAUACGCAUCAGGCGCCACUACAGCCUACGAAGACCGGCCUCCCGUGAGUCGCAGUUACCAAGAGUACGACACCGACAGACCAGACUACCCGAUCACUCAACCGCUUCUCAAGAAAGAGGGCCUGAUCCAGUGUGCAGGGGAGGCGAAUUAUGCUGAUGACAUACCUAGGAUAACGGAUGAGGUGUUCGCUUCGUUUGUUGUGUCUACGAUUGCGAGGGGUCAAAUAGAAAAUAUUGAUUAUGCUGAUGUGCUUAAAAUUGAAGGCGUAACCGCAGUUUACACAUCUAAAGAUAUCCCGGGAGUGAACAGCAUCGUCCGCGGAGACUUCCAACUUUUGUUCGAAAAUGAGGAGCUUCUCGCCAGCGACCAAGUAUACUAUUAUAACCAGCCGGUCGCUCUCGUCGUGGCCGAAACACAAGUCAUAGCUGACAAGGCUGCUUGCCUUGUCACUGUUAAAUAUAAGAAUAUAUCGAAGAAGAAACUUGUGUUCACUAUACAAGACGCUAUUGAUGCUCCACCCUUGGAGAAUAGACUUGUAAGCUAUGAAGGGAUAACUCCGUCAGACCGAGGAGCCAAUGUGCAAAGAAUAAUAAAGGGUUCUUUCUACUCUCCGCGACAGUACCACAACAUGUUAGAGUUGCACUCGACCGUCACGAGUCCGGUGGAUAAUGGAUAUGAGGUAGACUGCUCGACUCAGUGGGUGGACGUCACUCAAGCAGCGAUCGCGCAGCUGCUGAAUAUUCCUAAUAGUUUGGUCCGAGUGCGAGCAAGACGUUGUGGCGGUGGGUUCGGGUGCAAGAUCACCAGAAACAUGUUCGUAGCGUGCGGCACGGCGCUGGUCGCGUAUAAGCUCAACCGGCCGUGCCGGAUAGCCAUGCGCAUGCCGGAUAUCAUGCGCAUCACUGGCAAGAGGCCGGAUAGCAGGCUUGAUUAUGAGGUCGGUGUCGACGGAAACGGUCAGAUCCAAUAUUUAGAUGGAACCUUCUAUGUCAACGACGGCAUGUCCAAAAACGAGAAUGAGAACCCGUACGCCACAGAGUCCAUGAAAAAUUGCUACAAUCCUGACAGAUGGAAGGUCGACUCCUUCGGCACUAUGACUGACGCGCCAACCAACUGCUUCAUGAGAGCACCAGGUGGUUUUGAAGGGAUCGCAGCUAUUGAACAUGUUAUGGAGCACAUAGCCAAAGAAAUAAAAAGAGACCCUAUCGAGGUUCGUUUCAACAAUUACCGAGUUAACGACAACCAGCUCCCAGAAAUGAUCCCAGAGUUUCUACAGAAAAGUGAUUUCAACAAACGACUCGAAUAUAUAAAGGAGUUCAACGCCAAAAACCGUUGGAAGAAACGUGGAUUGAGGCUAAAUAACAUGGCUUUCCCUACACGGUAUCUCGGGAACUAUGGAGCUUUAGUUUCAAUUUUCCACGGAGAUGGAAGCGUAGCGGUAAAUGUAGGCGGCAUCGAGAUAGGCCAAGGGAUUAAUACAAGGAUAGCGCAAGUGGCAGCUUCGGAGUUAAAGGUACCUGUUGAAAAGGUCGAGGUUCUGGCUGCGUACGAUUUCGCAACUCCUAAUAAUUUUAGCACGGCGUCGAGUAUAACUACUGAAUCUUGUGCUUUAUCUGUAAUAAGAUGUUGCCAGCAGCUCAACGCGAGAUUGGCUCCGUUUCGAGCGCUGAUGCCGAAUGCGACAUGGGAAGAAGUGGUUUUCGAGGCGGAUCGAAGAGGCGUUCUCCUGCAGGCGAACUACGAGACUAGUCCGAACGACCCUCGCCUGCAGAACUAUUCCAUCUUCGGUGUGGCCGCGACGGAGGUGGAGGUUGACUUGUUGACGGGCACGAAGUCUAUAAUUCGCGCGGAUGUAUUUGAAGAUGCGGGGCGGACUAUCAAUCCGGCUCUGGAUGUUGGUCAGGUCGAAGGAGCAUUCGUACAGACGCUCUCGCUCUGGCUGAUGGAGGACACCGUUUACAACCACCACAACGGGGAGAUCUACACGGACAGGACGUGGAACUACUACAUCAUGGGCGCCAAGGAUAUCCCCAACGACUUCCGAGUGUAUCUGGCUAGGAAGAGAUUUAAUCCCGUCGGUAUAUUGGGGUCAAAAGCGGCGGGAGAACCUCCGAUCUGCUUAAGCCACUGCGUGGUGGACGCCUUACGGGUAGCGAUCGAUGCCUCGCGGCGGGACAGCGGGUACGACACGGAACAUUUCCUCAAUAUUGAUGUUCCGGUUAACAAUGAGAGCGUCGUCGAAGCUGCAGAUGUCAAAAUUAGCGAGUUUCUGCUGUAUGAGCCUUAAACAUGUUCUCAUGCAAAACGCUCCACAUCGCCACUUACAAUACGCUAGUUUCCUACUAGACAGAUAUGCUUCUUUUUAAAUGUCAAAACGAUUUGCUAAUAUGGAAUUACUAUGAAAUACUGAGUAAGGCGUCACACGUACUUAUAACUGUCCAUGUUUUUCUUCUAAUUACGGGGUGCUUUAUUUCGUGCACUGCAUAAAAUAUUUUAAGUAUAGGAAACUAGCCUAUUAGAACCAAGUUUUUACGAAUAUUUCUAUGAAUAACCUGUCAGGGCGUCCUUAUGACGACCGAACGUGUGGUCCUUUUUGCUUAAAAACGUAAAUUUAUGUGUGUGAUAAAUUUCAUCUUUAAGUGUAUUUUAUGUUAAACAUUCAACCAAAAGUAGCCCUAAUGUGUUGUUGGU